AUGAUUGAAUGUUGCAAACCCCAUGUUCCUCGUGGUACUGAAAUAUGCAUUAACAGUGUUUUGUAUUAUACUGCCGUCGAAAAAGGGUCUUUAAUGGUUACUAUAGUAGUUUGCUUCGAUAUUAGCUCGGAGAAGUUCAGCUUUAUGAAAGUCAUGGAAACUUUCGAUAGAGAUUUGCCUAGUUCAACAACUAUGAUAAACUACAAUGGCAAAUUAGGUUUGUUGAUGACGGAAGAGUCUACCGAUAUUGUUAGUGGAACAAGUAAAAGUUUCGAGUUGCGGGUCCUAGAAGACGCUGAAAAACAUGAUUGGUCGAAGCAUGUAUACAUGUUGCCUCCUCUGUGGAAGAAUGUAGUUGGAGAAGAGACCAAGCUACGACUUCUUGGAAUGGUUGGCAGUUGCACCAAUGAAAUUGUGUUUUCGUACAAGUACCCAUCUACAUUUAUGCCUUCCUACGUCUUCUACUACAAUAUCGAGAGGAACACGAUCAUAAGACUUGAAAUCCAAGGAAUGGAAGAGCUUAACGGUAAGUGA